AUGGAGGAUCUCAGUAGUGACAGUAAUUGUUCUAGUCAACAGAAUCGCCACGGCAAUUAUGGGCAGAUUAGUGUUCUUGCUAGCUGCUACAUGGCUACCCCCGCCUCGGUGCUGGUGAAGGGAUUCCAUUACUGCACUACGAACGGGGCAGGUAUCCACGGUGGUAUUCCUGAGGUCCCUUCGGGGCCUAAGACACGCACGACAAGUCCUCCCUUUGGAUCCUCCGCAUUACUCAAGACAGAGGAUUUUUGGCCGAGACAAAAAGCAUCUAAGAAUGCAAGGGAGGCAGCGCAAACCAUCAAAGAAGAGUGUGAGAGACUUUUCUGCGACACGUUGUCCGUGGUAUUCCUUGGUGAGAGGAACCGCAGACGCCGGACGUCGCUACCGAUGGGUGCGUAUUAUCAGAAUACCAGGCCAGAGAGUUCGAGAACAAAUCAUCAGACUAUCGAUGCCUACCUUGAAAUAUGGGAUUAUGCAAAUGAUGCCAUCUAUCGAGGAUUUGUUGCCGAGUAUGACAACCAGAAGACGCUCUUCGUCUUCUUCGAUGAUCGUACGGCCGACCACGGAAUAAAAAAUGGGUUGCUUGCUCUUUUUGAACUUGCCGAAAUGGAACACUUAAGCUGUGACCAUGUAGUCGCCUGUGUUCCACGCUUAGCCGAUCCUAUGGGACUGGGUAUUGUACGAAAUCUCGGCUGGUGUGGAUUCUCGUUGACGACACUAGAAUCCUGGAUGACUACGGACAGUAGCGCAGCUUCAAUCAGCGACAGGUGGAUAUUCUUGGUUAUCAAAUUCUUCGACUGCAGAUGGAGUUGUUUAAGGUCGCUGUUUUCUGUUUUUAAUUGGUAUGGAAUAUUAUUCUUCUUUUUUGACAUUUUUUCUUUCUUCCUUUCCUACAGAAUGCCUUUCGCAAAAGGGUACCCGGCCCUUUCGGUAUUUCCUGCAUUCCUUCUACCAUCUUCACUAUUCUCUGCUUCGAAAGUAAACUCACAACAACGAAGUCAGGCAGCGGGAGAUAGCCCAGAAGACAGGGCGCUGGGGUCACAUAUAUCCUACAUUCGGUGCGCUCGAUGUGGGACAGAUAUAUGUCGCACUUCACAAAUCAUCAGUAAAGGUUUCACGGGUCGUCAUGGACGUGCCUAUUUAGUCUCAGGACAGCAUCUUCUGCCCAGAGACAAGCCUGCGUCAAUUUCACCUCAUUAUCCAACUUCCCUAUUGAACACAAUCACUCAAAAGCCAGUGCCGCGCCAGCUAGUGACCGGUGCCCAUACCGUUUGUGAUAUUAGCUGUGUUAUCUGUGGCAGCGUCUUGGGAUGGAAAUAUAUUGCCGCCGAGGAAGAAUCCCAGCGAUACAAGGUCGGCAAUUUUAUAUUAGAAACCAAACGUACAAGCAUGUACUCAUGCUGGGAGUUUGAUGAUACUCCGCUCCUCACCAGUGAGAACCCUAACCAAGCGCACGAUUCAGCAGUUGAAUUCGACAGCCAAGACGAAGACGAGUGCGAAGACCUCUUUGCAGGGGUCUGGAGUCCAGCUCUUGCGACUCGGCGAAGAAGUCGUAGAGUGGAUCGUCAACGAUGA